CUUGUCACAUAAGCAAUGAAAGAACUGUAACUCUGAUCUGAUAUAUAAACCAUAGCUUGCCACGUCGAUCUCACUCUAUAACAUCUUCUCUAUCUCCUCAUUAUCUCACGCAAUGGUGUAUACCGGAGCUCUGGCCGCGGCCGCUACGGUGUUAUUGCUGGCGUCGCCCGCCACCGCGGCGGGCCUUUACCCCAAAAGCUCCAUGGUUCUCCAAGUCGAUGCUAAGAACUACGACCGCCUCAUCGCAAAGUCCAACUACACCUCUAUUGUAGAGUUCUAUGCUCCAUGGUGUGGCCACUGCAAGAACCUCCAACCUGCGUAUGAGAAUGCAGCCAAGAAGCUCGCCGGCCUCGCCAAGGUCGCGGCUGUCAACUGCGACGAGGAUAUCAACAAGCAGUUCUGUGGGAGCAUGGGUGUCCAGGGAUUUCCAACCCUGAAGAUUGUCAAGCCAGGCAAGAAGUUCGGAAAGCCAAUUGUUGAGGAUUACCAGGGAGCCCGCGAGGCGAAGCCCAUCGUCGAAGCAGUCUCAGCCAAGAUCGCAAACCAUGUAUCCAAGGUCACCGACAAGGAGUUGGACGCCUUCAUGGCUGAGAACGUUGACACUCACAAGGCUAUUUUGUUCACUGAGAAAGGAUCUACAAGCUCCCUGUUGAAGGCAAUUGCCAUUGAUUUCCUGGGUGGAAUCAAAGUCUCUCAAAUCAGGAGCAAGGAGCCAAGAGCAGUGGAGAUGUUUGGUAUUGAGAAGUUCCCUACUAUUGUCCUUCUGCCCGCUGGCAAUGGCGCGUCGGCCACCACCUACGAUGGCGAACUUAAGAAGGACGACAUCGUAAAGUUCCUCUCCUCUGUCCACCCGCCAAAUCCAGACCCAGCACCUGCAAAGGGCAAGGCUUCCAAGGAGAAGAAAGCCGAGAAGAAGUCUGAGAAGAAAACAGACAAGAAGGCAGCGAAGAAGGCCGAGGAGGAAUUCGAGGAAGCGUCUUCGUCCCAAAUGGAAUCCGAAGCCUCCGCCAGUGCGACCGCUGAAACAUCAGAAGAAGCCUCGGAGCCCACUGAGUCGCCGAGCCCCGAGGCCGAGAAGCCUGUCGUUCUGACCCCACCCAUCCCAGUUAUCACGAGCGAAGCGGAACUCGCAGACGCAUGUCUGACCCCCAAGUCCGGGACCUGCGUGUUGGCUUUCACUUCAGCAAAGGGUGGCGAUGUUUCCGUACAGAGCAUUGAAAGCCUCGCGGAGGUCGCAUUCAAGUACCAGAACUCCAAGCACGCUAUCUUCCCCUUCUACGCUGUCGCUGAGGAGGUCACUGGCAUGCCUGGGCUGAAGACCGCGCUCGGCCUGACUAACGACGUUGAUGUUGUCGCCAUAAACGCAAAGAGGGGCUGGAUGAGGAAGUACUCUGGAGACGUGUACACGCAUGAGGCAAUCGAGAUGUGGAUUGAUUCCAUCAGGAUGGGUGAGGGCGAUAAGCAAAUCCUCCCUGGCAUCCUCAUUGGCAAGACUCCCGAGCAAGUUGCCCAAACCAAGACGAUCCAGGUUGAGGCUACGGAACCUACGGAGACUGUUUCCGUAAAGGACGAGCUCUGAACAAACACAUCAAUCGUUUGGCAAUGUAACAACUUGAUUACUCUCCUUAGGCGAGUCGGUGUACAAUAGCGUAGCUUAGUGAAUGCAGCAGU